UUUCCUUUUUGUUCUUUCGACGUUGUUCUAAUCCCUCUGCGUCUUUCUUCACCAUCCCUCUCUUUAAACACCAAACUUAUAUUGACAAGACUCAAGAACUCAUUAUUAAUUCUUUAAUUUUUUUACAAAAGUUUCACUGCAUGUUUCUCUCCGAAUUUUUCCAUCCAAUCUAUCUUUAAAAUUGAUUCGUUUUCCGUUUGAAACCCUUAAGAUUCAGUUUUCAUUUCAUUAGUUUAUUCCAUUGGAAAUUACUCAUAAUCAUAUAUACUUUUGAAUAUUUCGAGGCAUAAUUAUAUGCCAUUGGAGGAAUGUAAACAUGGAUAAUGGUAAUUCAAGGUUCUGGAGUCGAAGAAGAGAGUUUUUAGUUGCUGGGUAUUGCCCUUCUGGUUGACUUGACACUUGGGAGUAUGUUAUAAAGGCAUCAUGGCCUUUGAGAAACACUUUCCUGCUAGCAAUCAGACUGCUAAUAUGAAACCUCUGAGUUUCCCUCUCAAGGUCCGGGAAAAAGCUGCACUUGCUGUUCCAGAAUUGAACCCCUAUGCAGAGGCUGAUGUUGAUGUAGACUGCAGAGAAGUUUAUUUCCUCAUCAUGCAUUUCUUGUCUGGUGGGCCAUGUCAAAGAACUUGUGGGCAAUUUUGGAAUGAGCUUCUUGAGCAUGAUCUUCUACCGAGAAGAUUCCAUGCUUGGUAUUCAAGAAGUGGGAGACGUAGCGGUGAUGAAAAUGAUGAUGGCUUAUCAUUUCCAUUAAGUUACAAUAAACUUGUGGAGCGGUUUGCUCAUAUUGAAAAGGAUCACUUAAUUAAGCUUCUCAAGCAACUGUUACUUAGUAAAGUUAAUGUGCCACAUGGCAUUGUAACCCGAAAUGUACCUAAUGCAGCUGAUGUUCCUACACUUUUAGGGACAGGACCCUUUUCACUCUUGGGCUGCAACAUGAAUAAAGCAGAGAGUGAGGUUAAACCACUGCCUGUUUACAUGCGUUGGCCUCAUUUGCAAGCAGAUCAGGUGCGCGGGCUGCGGUUGAGAGAAAUUAGUGGUGGAUUUGGGAGACACCAUAGAGCACCAUCUACUCGGGCAGCCUGCUAUACUAUUGCAAAACCGUCAACAAUGGUGCAAAAGAUGCAAAAUGUUAAGAAGACAAGGGGACAUCGCAAUGCCGUUUAUUGUGCUGUAUUUGAUCGUUCGGGGAGAUUUGUCAUCACUGGAGCAGAUGACCGCCUUGUUAAGAUUUGGUCAAUGGAGUCCGCCUAUUGCUUGGCCAGUUGCCGUGGGCAUGAAGGUGACAUUACUGACUUGGCUGUGAGCUCCAACAAUGCUCUUGUGGCAUCGUCUUCAAAUGAUUGUAUCAUUAGAAUUUGGCGUUUGCCAGAUGGGCAGCCAAUUUCAGUCCUCCAUGGGCAUACAGGAGCAGUUACUGCGAUUGCUUUCAGUCCAAGACCUAGUGCUGCGUAUCAGCUUCUAUCAUCAGCUGAUGACGGAACAUGUAGAUUAUGGGAUGCAAGGUAUUCCCAGUUCAAGCCACGUAUUUAUAUUCCCAGACCUUCAGAUUCUGUUGCAGGGAAGAGCACAGCUGCUUCUUCUAGCACCAUACAACAGAAUCAUCAGAUCUUUUGCUGUGCGUUCAACGCUAGUGGGACUGUCUUUGUUACUGGUAGCUCAGAUUUUCUUGCAAGGGUCUGGAAUGCUUGCAAAUCUGGUGCAGACGAUUUUGAACAACCUAUGCAUGAGAUGGAUGUUCUGUCUGGACAUGAAAAUGAUGUGAAUUAUGUGCAAUUCAGUGGUUGUGCUGUGGCUUCACGAUUCUAUUUCAAUGAUACAAGCAAGGAGGAAAAAUUUCCUAAAUUCAAAAACUCAUGGUUUUCUCAUGAUAACAUAGUUACCUGUUCUCGUGAUGGAAGUGCCAUUAUUUGGAUUCCAAGGUCACGUAAAUCACAUGGAAGAGCUGGGCGUUGGACUCGGGCAUAUCAUCUCAAGGUUCCUCCUCCGCCCAUGCCUCCACAGCCUCCACGAGGAGGCCCAAGACAAAGAGUUCUUCCAACACCUCGUGGUGUUAAUAUGAUUGUUUGGAGCUUAGAUAAUCGAUUUGUCCUUGCUGCUAUUAUGGAUUGCAGAAUAUGCGUCUGGAAUGCAGCUGAUGGUAGCUUGGUUCAUUCUUUGAUGGGUCAUACUGAGUCUACAUAUGUCCUGGAUGUUCACCCUUUUAAUGCUCGCAUAGCUAUGAGUGCUGGAUAUGAUGGGAAGACCAUAGUUUGGGAUAUAUGGGAAGGAAAGCCUAUUCGCACUUAUGAAACUGGACGCUUCAAACUGGUUGAUGGAAAGUUCUCACCGGAUGGGACGUCAAUUAUACUUUCAGAUGAUGUUGGUCAACUUUAUAUCUUGAGCACUGGCCAAGGUGAAUCCCAGAAGGAUGCAGAGUAUGAUCAGUUCUUUCUCGGGGAUUAUCGCCCACUUAUCAGGGAUACACAUGGAAAUGUUGUUGAUCAGGAAACUCAGCUUCCUCCUUACCGAAGAAAUAUGCAAGAUCUUCUUUGUGAUUCAAGCAUGAUUCCAUACCCAGAACCCUACCAGAGCAUGUAUCAAAAAAGACGUCUUGGAAUUCUGGGCAUCGAGUGGCGUCCUUUUUUACUCAGGUGUGCUGUGGGUCCAGACUUCAAUUCUGACCAAGACCAAAUUCUCCCCCUGCCAGACUUGGAUAUGCUUAUUGAUCCAAUGCCAGAGUUUAUGGAUGUCAUGGAGUGGGAACCAGAAGUAAUCAGUGACGAUACAGAUUCUGAGUUCAAUGUAACGGAUUCCUAUGGUGAUGAUGGAGAACAUAAUGGCUCAAUAUCUUCAGGAGAUUCAGAAAGCAGUGAAGAAGACAAUGAAGCUGAAUGUAGUCACAGAGAUAGUGUUCGCAAAUCGAAAAGGAGAAAGAAAAAGAGAGAAACGGAGAUAACUACUUCUUCAGGGAGGCGUGUCAAGAAAAGAAAUUUGGAUGAAUGUGAUGGUAAUUCUCAUAACAUAGAACAGCACAGAAGAUCAAGAAAUGGGCAAAAACGGUCCAAAAAGAAGUCUGUUAAGGCUUCAAGACCUCAGAGAAGAGCUGCUCGUAAUGCUCUUACCUUGUUUUCUAAAAUCAAAGGUAGUACUUCAGAUCAAGAUGAGUAUUGUUCGGAAGGUGAGUCAUCAGUAAGUGAGUCUGCGCUUGAAGAUUCUAAUUUUGAAGGUGAAGAAUCUGAUAUGCUUAGUGUAGAAGAGCGAGGAAAGAAUCUAAAGGGAAAAGAAGUAAUUAUCGACAAUUCUGAGGAUACACCUAAAUCUAAAGUGUUUACUGAUUCUUAUGAGAAUUCUUUGAACACAAAUAGACUAGUUUUGAAGCUUCCAGUCCGUGACUCCGAUAGAGCUCUAUUUUCACGUAACUCCUUCCCAACCUCUGGAAAUUUGACAGAUUUGGCAGGUUCUUCUUCUUCAGCUUCUGGUGGCUCAAUAGAAGUUGACAGAAAUGUUUCAGCCCUGAGUACAGGAUUUGAUAGACUUGGUUGGCCUGGUGGAUAUGGUAACUAUGCUAUGAAAUGGGGAGGGGUCAAGGCUCGUCUUAAACGGGUCAAAUUGAGUGCAGCUCCUCCGUUGAAAGCUUCUGGGUCCUGCUCUUUCAGUGAUAAUCAGAAUGAAACUGAUGAUAAACGUGUUGCAGAAGAUGGUUGUGGUAAGUUGCAGGAAAUUACUGACUGUAAAUGUGAGCGUUUAGAAAACCCAAAUGGAUUAACGAAUGCAAAUAAUAUAGAGCUGUCUGACAUAAAUCUAUCCCUGGUCUGUGCUCAAGCAACUGCCGAUGAUAAAACUCUGUGCUCAAGGAGCAGUGAUGAAAACAAUGUUUUGACGUUGGGUGAUGCGAUGAAGAAAAUUGUGUCAGAACCAAAUGAUCAUUCUGAGAAAACAUUACUUCCUGGUGAAGGGAGUGAACGGAAUAUGUCUUGCAUGGAACAGAGAUCUGUUGCUGAAGAGCUAGAGGAACACCUUAAACCUGAUCUAGAUGGUGACACUAAUGGAGGAAUAGCAAAUGCCUGCUCUACAGUAUUAGAUUCACAGACUUUACAUUUAGAGAAGAACGACAGGAUGUACAGCGCUGUAUAUAGAAGAUCAAGGUCACUUAAGGCAGCUAGGACAUUGGCUGGAAAAGAUGCGCAUAUGGGUGAAAAUGCCUCAAGUUCAUGCCAUCAACAUCUGAAUGGAAACACAAAUAUUAAUGGUCAUAUAGUUAAUGGAUUUAUCCAGACCAAUUCUGCAGAGCUUAGGGACACAGCUGAAGAGCUGUUUGACCAAAAGAGAUCGAUGCAGAGGUCAAGGAGGACAGAAAAUUCUUCACCAGUUGGCCGACGUACUCGUGAAGAAGGAGGAUCUAGUAUGACCGUGGGCCUUCGGUCCACAAGGAAUAGGAGAAUUAAUUUUGUUCAUGACGCUAGUCCUAGUCCAAUGGAUAGGAGAAAGUCAAGUCAGUCGCAAAGAAAGUUAUCUUGGCUUAUGCUUUCUGUGCCAGAUUAUUCUCGUUAUAUUCCUCAACAUGGAGAUGAAGUUGCAUAUUUGAGACAGGGGCAUCAAGAAUAUAUAUCAUGCAAUAGGUCUUCAAUCAUUGUGAGGGGACCUUGGGAACAUUUGAAUGGAGAGAUCAGAGCUGUGGAGUUCUGCAAAGUCGUAGAGUUAGAGUACUCUAUUGUUCCAGGCUCUGGAGACAGCUGCUGUAAAAUGAUACUCGAAUUUAUUGACCCGAAUUCUAGUGUAUUAGGAAAAAGAUUUAGGCUGACAUUGCCAGAAGUGUCGGAUUUUCCAGAUUUUGUCAUUGAGAGAACAAGGUAUGAGGCUGCUCUAGAGAAAACCUGGACAAAGAGAGAUAAAUGUCAGGUCUGGUGGAAAAAUGAAGGCGAUGAAGACGGUAGCUGGUGGGAAGGUCGAAUUCAUGACGUGAAGGCUAAAUCUCUCGACUACCCUGAUAGUCCGUGGGAAAGAUAUCGCAUCCGGUACAAAAGUGAUCCUACUGAAAUACAUGAACACAGUCCUUGGGAACUUCAUAAUCCGGAUGACCCCCAAUGGGAACAAUCUCAUUUGGAUGAACACACCACCAAAAAACUGCUGUCAGCUUUUUAUAAGUUGCUUCAAUCAGCAAAUAAAGCUCAGGAUAUUUACGGGGUCCAGAAACUGCAGCAAGCUUCCGAGAAGUCAAAUUUCAUUAACAGGUUUGCAGUACCAUUAUCGCUAGAAGUGAUCCUAAUGAGACUAGAGAAUAGCUACUAUCGAAGCUUGGAUGCAGUGAAGCACGACAUCAAAGUAAUGCUAUCAAAUGCAGAGAUUUUCUUUGCAAAGAAUGCAGAGGUCUCCAAGAAGAUUGCACGACUGUCAGAGUGGUUUGAAAAUAUGCCAUCACCCCUGUAGCAUUGAUGCGAUCUCUCUGAACACAAAUUUUGUAGACUUUGAUUUUCAUUGUAGAUAGUUAGCUUAUCAUAAUCGCUAACCAGUGAACCCAGUAAAGCGCUGGGUCCUUUGGAGGGGAAUUAUUUCUAGCGGGUAGGAUUAGGAAAGACGAGACGGGCAGAAAAUAUCUGUACAUAAACCACAUAUACUCUUUUCUGUCCAUGAAUCAGGAAAGACAAAAUGAUUUUUCCGGCCUUUGUUCGUUUCUUGAAGCAUGGUCCUAUUACUAAAUCACCAAUCACAAAUUCUUAAAUGUGACAGUCUCAUGGUGAGAAUAUAUCUGUUGAAUUAUA